AGCGAAAUUAAAAUGUGACAGUAACAAAAGUGAGCAGCCAGAAACGCUAAAAAUUGAUUACAACUUGCAAAUAUACAUACGCCAUAAAAUUCCUAUUUAUAUAGAAAAAUUUAGAAAUAAAAUUUAUGUCAUGUAGAUUACAUGUCUAAUUAGUAGAAAAAGGAGUUAAAGUACAUAUCUGAUUUUUCCUGAAUUCUGCAUUGAACUAAAGUUUUCCUGUAUUCAUUUAUUUUCACACCUUAAUUAUGUCUCAUUCCAAAAAUUUAAUCUUUUGCUUUGUUAUAUAUGUAGUAUUAAUUAUGAAAUCUGAAGCAGAUUCCUUUGAUAAAUAUGUAAUAGAUGGAAGUGUUAUUGCGCCUGAUGUUAUUUCCCCUGAAUGGCUAUUAUCAACUAAAGUGUUAGUCAACGGUGGAGAAAGGCUUGGUUUCUUAAGAAAUGAUGGUAGUUUUCAUAUUAGUAACAUGGAACCAGGCUCAUAUGUAGUUGAAGUAAUUAAUCCAAAUCAUAUUUAUGAUCCAGUGAGAGUAGACAUCAAUUCAAAAGGAAAGUUUCGUGCUAGGAGGCUCAACUAUGUGCAAACUAAUUUGGUGCAACAAGUUUCUUACCCAUUAAAAUUCAAGGUUAAAGCUCCUUAUAAAUAUUUUCAAGUCAGAGAAGCUUGGAGAAUAACGGAUUUCUUAAUGAACCCUAUGGUGUUGAUGAUGGUUCUCCCAUUAAUCCUCAUUAUGAUUUUACCCAAAAUGAUGAAUGCUGCUGAUCCUGAAACGCAAAGAGAAAUGCAACAGAUGCAAAUGCCAAAAUAUGAUGUUCCAGAAUUAUCUGAGAUGAUGACAUCCUUAUUUACAGGUGGAAAGCGACCUCCUGCCCGUAACAAAGUUGUGAAAAAAAGGCAGUAAUUUUUUGGGGUGUUUGUAAAUUUGUAUAAUAUUUAUUCUUGUUUAUAACUGACACAUAACUCUUUAGUCCAACGUCUUGCUUUUUUUUCAGUUGUAGAAAACACAAAUAAAUAUAUUUAUUGCCUA